UUCUUCCUUUGAUGAUUUUCCACAGAAUAAAAUCUCAGCUCCAAGGUAAUCAAAGUUUAAACCAGACCUGUGAAGUUGUCUUAUACUGGAUCAGACUUUUAUGAAUGGUUAGCUCAGGGACGCCCGUUCUUAAUAUCUCUAUGGGCUCCAUCACUAGUUGCUUCCUGUAUGUCUUGUCUCAUAAACCUAAGAUGGCCAUGAUUGAAUCUAGCCUGUUUAGCAAGGCUCUGUAGGAAAAGUUUAUUUCUGGAGCCUGCGAGAGAAAAAAUACUGCCUAUACCAGUUCUAGCUUUCUGCAGGUAUCAGCUGUUCCAUCCAACAGGAAUUCUGUAGCCCAGCAUUUUCCCCUCAGCUCCUGCCUCUUUCAACUGGAGAUGCCAGGGUUCUUCUGCCCCCAAGGCCACUCUCUGCCACCUGUCCCUCCCCAAAGAAGGAGAUCCAAAGCUAGCAAUUUCCAGCCCAGCACAACAGAUUCCUGGAGGGCAGUCAGUUGUGUAACAGCAAGUGAGGAGUUGGGCACGCUAAUGGCACCCAUUAUUUGAAUUAAAGCAGGUGGUAAAUCUCAGCUCGGAGGUGGCCUCCACAGCAGCCACUCAGGGAAUGUUCCUAUGAAAUGAUCAGUGGUGAUCACCAAACCCUCUCUUUCCUUGCUGCUUUUGUAGAUGAAGGUGUGUGGGACCUGUUUGUGAAAAACAUCCCGCGCACUGCCACGUCCUACACAGUCAGCCUGGACAAGCUUAAAGAAGGCAUAAGCUAUCAGUUCCGGGUGGUGGCGGCGAACGAGUUUGGAUACGGAGAACCCAGCGCAGCUUCUGUAGCUAUCUCAGCUCACGCAGGAUCUCCUUUCUAUGAAGAAUGGUGGUUCUUGCUUGUGAUGGCGCUCUGCAGCUUCAUUCUCAUCCUGCUGGUCGUCUUUGCGCUGAUCUUGCACAACCAGACUAAGAAGUACCGAGACAGCAACGCAGAGCCAGAGAAGGGCCUACGCCUUCGCUCAUUCUGUCGCCAUUUGUCCCCAGGAAAAAAUGCAUCCAACGUGGAGGAAUCUGUCACUCUGGAUAAUGGGGGGUUUACAUCUCUGGAACUCAACAGCCGGCACCUCAAUGUCAAAAACACUUUCUUGAAGAAGAAUGGGACAAGAUCGCCACCUCGUCCAAGCCCUGGAGGUCUACAUUAUUCUGAUGAGGACAUCUGCAAUAAGUACAAUGGAGCUGUGCUGGCAGAGAGCAUCGCCCUCACUGAGAAACCCUUGGAUGCUUCAGAAUCAGAAGGGACAGAUUCCGACUAUGAAGACGAGUUGCCAAAGCAUUCUUUUGUCAACCAUUAUAUGAGCGAUCCCACCUACUACAAUUCAUGGAAACGCCAGCAAAAGGGCACAAAGCAUUCAACGCCUUACAGGUAUGAGGAACGUGUAGUGAGUGAGACAGAACCUUACUUCCAGACUGUUAUCACAACACAGAGCUCAGGAGGGGUCUACACCCCAACAGGACAGCCCGCUCCAGGCUCACGGACUCCAGUGACAGGGUUCUCUUCUUUCGUCUGACACCCGGAGAAAGAGCGCUGACCUCAACUCAGUGGCCUGCCACGUUUGGGUCAAGACCACCCCAUCCAGGUGUGACUCUGGGCAGGAUAGAUGCAGUGAACUGGGGGUAUAUUUCUCUUAUCAGGGUAGAAUGGAUGUAAAUGUGAAUGUCUUUUUUUUUUCAAGACAAUCAACACUUUAAGACAUGGAGCUGAUGACGUUGAGUUUGCUUUGAUUUUUUUUUUCCUUUGAAAACCCCAUAAAUGAUCAAAACCUGACCAUUUUAACCACUUUGGAGUAUGAUUUAAAAGAAUUU